GUGAUUCAUGAGACGCUCAGCAUUGCGGCAGCAUUCUCAAUAUGUGCAAAUGUGAAUAAAGCAUGCAGCCACCAGAAUAAGCCCAUCAUACUCGUGGCUUUACCGAUGCGACCAUCAAUAGCCGUCGUGGGAGCGCCCGGUGGCAACAGAAGCAGCGCCAACAAUUGGCCGUUCCGGGAAGGCGUCAUAUCUGUGGUGAUGCAGCUCAGCCCUCUGACAUGCACUGACAUUUCGGCCGCCAUCAAUCUUCAUAGAGAGCAGCAAUAAAGCCGUGAUAAAUUGGACAUCAACAGCUGAUGGCUCAAACUGCUUUUAAUUGGUACAGGAAAUAAUUCUGCUGGAUCAUCAGGGACAGUUAACGUCACAGGAUGAUGAAGGGAGAGAAAAGCCAGCGAAGAACGUCAGCCUCGGGCGAACUGUCGCAGUUCUCUCUGUGUCGGACUCUGCGACUGGCUCGGGGAAGGGGCACUAUAAACCAAUCCGAGGUCGCGGCGUGUCAAUGGAGUCAGUUAAUCACCGAUGGUGUGGACCGCGGACGUGUAAUAUACACCAGACAGGAGCGCAGCUCGCGCCCCGCCGGGUCGCGGCCUCAGGAGCGCCCGCUGAAUGGACCCGCCGCCACCGCCCACCAGCCCGCUGUCCCACGCUGAUUUACAACCGAUUGUAAACAAGGCAGCCGCGGCUGCUCCCGGCGUUGGCAGCGGCGCACCGCACUGCCACGGGGCUCUGUCCAACUGAUACUGCACCCACCACAGCGCCUCGUGAGUUCGGGCCACUGCACGAGCUGCUGGAGACGUCGAACGGCACGGUGAACGAGACCGUGCUGCGUCACCUGCUGGCGCUGCACAUCCGCAACCAGCUGCGCCAGGGCGAGCUCGAGCACCGGCGCAACAUCUACCUCAUCACCGUGCCCAUCAUGCUGGUCUUCUGCGUCAUCGGCACCGUCAUCAACCUCAGCAUCUGCGUGUCGGCGCGCCUGAUCCGGCGCCCGCUCAGCCCCACCAUGUGUUUCUCAGUGAGCCUGGCAGGCGCCGACGCGUACGCCGCCUCCAUCCUGGGCCUCGGUCUGGUGGUCAACAGCCUGCUGCCGGUCGGGUUCGGCGUGGAGACGCUGAGCCGCUGUCCGACGCUGGUGCUGGAGGCGCUCCGGCUGGGAGGCGUCAUCUCCACGGCCGCCCACCUGCUGGCGCUGGCGCUGAACCACUACGUGGGCAUCCUGCGCCCGCUGCACUACGCGCGCCUUAUCACGCGCGGCCGCGUGCUCACCUCCAUCGGCUUCCUGUGGCUGGUGCCCAUCCUCUUCUUCCUGGUGUACUUUGCGGCGGCGGGCGGGUUCCGCGCCGACGGCUGCUCGCUCGACUUUCUGCCGUUCAGCACGUUCCGUCGUGUGGUGGCAUCGCUCUUCUUCGUGCCGCUCAUCUGCAUGUUCUUCGCCUACACACACAUCUUCAUCAUGGUACGCCAGCAUCAGCGCGGCUCGCUGCGCAACCAGAACUCGUCGCAGCUCAAGAGCAGCGUCAAAGCUGUGGUGACGACGCUGCUCAUCCUAGGCACGUACAUCCUCUGCUGGAUGCCGGCGGUCGUCACGUUCAUCCUCAUCUGCUACGACUGUUCGAUGCACCCGCGGCAGCUGCACUGGCGCACCCACCUCGAGAUGGCCAUCACCACCAACACGCUGGUCGUGCUCAAGUGUCUGGUCGACCCGGUUAUCUACGCGGCGCGCAUGCCGGAGAUAAAGCUGGCGCUGCGGCGGCUGCGGCAGCUGCUGCUCUGUCGGCCGGGCACGCCGGGCAGUCUGCAGCCGGGCCGCAACACGCGCACCACCCUGCUGGCGGGCACCCAGCGCGGACUGCGCACCACCACCACGGCGGCCACCAGCCUGCGGCAGAACGGCCACACCGAGAUCCCGCUGCGGGUGCUGCGCUCCGCCGGCGCGCCGCAGCCGGUCCAAUGCUGAGGUCAGCCCUGCUGCGGGACCGAUCAGGAUUUUUUUUUCCAAGGGAACGGUAGCACCUCGGUGAAAAACCGCAGGUGGUCGGACCCCUGCCGUGGGUCGGCGGAUCUCUGCUGCUGGAUGUCCCUGAGCAGUCCUCGACAGCUUCACCGACUGCACGGACGGCUUAGUCUAGAUAGGCUGAGGCUGGAUGUCUGGUGACUGGACAGGUGACCUUUUCAACUACUCAGAAGUUGAGCAGAACUCUGACCGACCAGCCGCUGCGGUUGGCCAAGAGGCCGGUGUGAGACGGCCAAAUGCCUGCAAAGUGAGAAUGGUCUUUGAGACUGGAGCUGAGGCUGACACACAGGCAACGACGACCUGUGACUGAACUGUGAGGCAAAGACGACUGGUCUAUGACCCUGCCGCUCAGCUAAGCACAUCUGAUUUCCUCACCGAGCCAAAUCGCAGCCUCCCGAUGGACGGUAGCCAAAACCGGCGCCGAGUGGACUUGUUCACUAAGUAAUUGGGUCUCUGUCGAUGGCCCGCCGUGAGCCCGAUCGGUCAGUCCGUCGGACACUGCGGCCCACUGGACUGUGUUCUCCACCACAAAUGAUCUGAUGUCGCGCCCCGCUGGGCGACACUCGCGCCCCGUCUCCACCAGACAGAGCGGAGCGGAGACGUGUCAUCAACGUACCGCGGAGCCGUAACGUGUGGCUCCGAAAUGGACUGUAGUAGCCCUGUUGUCUACUGGUUACUAUUGCGGACGGCAUGCGUCCUCCAUGUGCAUGUAUUGCAAUGACUGUGCUGUGUUUCCGAUGCGUGUACAUUACGCUAAUGUCAACAGGAGCGUGAUGUGAGACCAUGUGUUGUGUUCAGAGUACGCCAUUCUUGACGUGUUAUCUCUUCAGAACGAGCUAUAUCCACCUUUUUUUAUCGCCAAUAAGUUACUAUUUCGGUCGCGGAUAGUCAAAUUAACUUGUAUCUAUCGGCUUGGCUUUGAUGUCUCUAAAAAAGAAGGCGUCAUUAGAGCCACCAACGUUGUGUCUGAGUGUACGCCAGCGCUGGUCUAUGAUGUGUUUUAAUGUAUUCAGGAGAGGGGUCAAACAAGUUGUUCAUUUUCACGAGGCAUAGUAAUGUUGAAAAAAAACUUUUUGGCAGGCGCCAUUGUCCCGCUGUUCGCCCCUUUUGCUGGGCGUUUGAGCGCCAGGGCUAGUGCUGGAUAUGUGUACGGUGGAAAUGACGAGUGUGGCCGCUCUCCGAGAACAUCAACCCCUUCGGUGUGUCCACUGUGCGCUGUGUGCAGACUACACUGUCUACUUGUGUACCGAGCUUAAUGCUGUCGAUGAUGGUCAAAACGCAAUAGGAAUGACACUCUUUGGAGAGGGGUUGGGCACGACGGACUGUUGACAUGGACGCGAAUGAGACAAAGAAUGGCUCACUAAACCGGCAAUGUGAGCAAUGGAGAUGCGAGGAUGACCCAAAGACACGUGUUAUUUUCGGAACACUAUGUUCAAAGUCAAUGGAAGCGUAGGUAUGUAAGUAGGUAUGUGUCUAUUUACAUUUGCUCGUUCGAUGUUGUCAUCGAUGGGUUUGGCUGUAAAGUGUUAAGGUUUGGAUAGAACAGACCUCUGACGACGUACCUAUUUUGUUGCAUGGGUGUUUGAUGGCUACCAGCUGUGAUGUACUUCAAAUAAAUUAUAAACACGUACAAAAUACGAAA